CCGACAAAUGGAAAUGCCCCCGCGCUAUUCGUCGCGCACCAAUCAGAACUGACAUGAGCGCGCGUUCGUCGUUGCCGGCGACCCGUUUUUUCAUCAUGGUCGUGCCUCUUUCGUCCUGCGCUCAUCAGCAAGUAGCGGUCCUCCUCGGAGAACACGGUGGCGAGCGUUCGUCAGCAGGAGAGCGCCUCUGAGAUCGGAGGAAAGCUCAUCAAGGGAAGGCUCAACAGUCGACCCGUGGGUGGCGUGUCGCCAAUUGACUCUCGGCGGGGCGGUGCCCUUCCGGAGGGCUAGCCUAAUAAGCUAGGAAUCGCGCAGGCAACGCUUGCAAGUGAUCCCCACCGCGCUCAGAUGGAGGGGGAAUACACCCCGGAGGAGAUCGCGCACUUCACCAAGCUCUGGCACUCGAGCUUGAUACCGCUUCAUGCGUGCCUGGUCGGUCUGACGUGGGUCGUGCAUGAUUACUUCUUGACUGUCGAGGACGAGAUACGGUACAUUUGGCCACAGAAGGGCAGCUUCGGCAAAUACAUGUUUCUAUGGAUCCGAUACUACAGCAUCGCUCUCUUACUCUUCGACGUCACGCAAAUUCAUGUCUUCACUAUCCCCGGAGUCACUAAUGAUACCGUCUGCGUCGCAAUGGACACGAUAAUCCGCGUCGUCGGCGCCAUCGCCCUCUGGUCCAUCGAGAUCGUCAUGCAGCUGCGAAUAUACGCGCUCUACGACUGCUCAAAGACCAUCGCCGCGGUCAACGGUGCCAUGUUCAUCGCGUCCAUCGGCACCUUCCUCUGGAUCCUCAUCCACAACGCCAUGGGCCGCAGCGCUGUCAUCGCCGAUGCGAUCCACCUCCCCCUACCUGGCUGCCCUUCCAUUCAUACAGGGAUCGAAUGGGCACAGUGGGUACCGGCCACGGCGUUUGAGGCUGUUUUGUUCUUCUUCGCGCUACACAAGACGCUGCAUUCGACUGCGCAGCGGUUUCGACGCGGCGAGCGAAUAUCAUUGUAUCAGCUCGUGUUGCGAGAUCAGAUCAUAUACUUCUUCCUUGUAACGGUCCUGUUGGUCUUCAACAACCUCAUGGUCGUCGGGAUCACGAAGAUACCGUGGUUCAGCUAUUCGCCAUUCCACGCAGCUCUCGGAGUCCUGACCACACGCAUGAUGAUCAACACGCGCAAGGCAUCGGCCGAGGACGUCUUCUAUUCCAACGACACUAAAUUACUGACAACGAGCAAUGAAAUGGUCUCCCCUUCGACCGAGGAGACCACCUUACCAUGGAACACAGCGCCGGCAGGGGGCUUUACAGCCAGGUAUGGUGGCCCGCUCUCGUUUGGGGACCCGACCUCGACGUAUGGGAGCCUGGAGCCGGGCUAUCGGUCGCCAAAAUCGGGAUCGAGGCCUCCGUACGAUGGGCCGUUUGCCCAAUACGCGGACAACGGGAAGGACUCGAUGGAGAUGGACGUGAUUGUGAGCGAGAGGAGAUUGGAGUGGGUGCGCCCGAAUGAGGAUGGAUCCUUUUCUGUCCUGGACGGCGUUGUAUCGGAAAGCAACAGCUCUCCGCGAGAACCUCAUAGGGAGUUCUUGCCUUCUAGAUGAAACUCGCCGAAUUUCCUGAAUCACUAGGAUUCUGCCCUGCCGUACCAUACCCUCCAUACGGGAUACCCGCCUCUACCCACCUCUCGCAUCGCAUAUGUCCCUACUCCUACCUGACACACCUACCACAGACUAUGCUGGUGUAUCAUGUUCGUGGAUCACAGUGCCUAUUUUACCUGUAUUAGUUUGGAUAUUCUGUUUGUUUCGCUUUAACCAGGUUGUAGCCACUGUAUGAGUGUAGCUAAUGGAUCCCUGAGGCUGAAUCUGCUCUGAUCGUCCCCGUAUACACUUCUCUACUAAAAAAGGUACAGCUACGGCGAUGGAGUAGUAGCCUGGCG